AUGAGCAAAUCUUAAUAGAUACUUAAUUUAUACAGUAGUUUUGUACAUCCAUCAACAUAACAUAAAUAAGUAUGAUAGUUCUAAUAGAGAAUAAAUCUGACAAUGAAGUUCACAAAAGAUUAGGAGCCAUCCUCAAAAAAAAUUGUUCGCCAUACCAGAAACCUUUUUAGCAUAAAUCGAAUAGUAAAUAAGGGAAUAAACAAAAUGAGAUUUUGCGUCAUUUAACAUCAUCUCCCAUUUAAUCUUUGAGAUUUAAAAGAAUAAGUUCAAAAUAAUAAUUACUGUUGGAUUCAUAUGAAGAACCAAAAUUAUAAUCAAAAGAGAACAUGGUGUAUAAAUAUAUAUCAUUCUAUUAGUGAAUAAUAAUAUAAUUUAAUGAAAAGAAGUACCUAAAAGAAUUUGUUAACCCUUAUUGAGUAAACUAAAAGACUUUUAAAUGAAUAUAAGAGUAGAUUAGAUAAGGCUUAGGGUGAAAAAUAGUAGUUGGAAUAGGAAGUAUAAUACUGGAAAUCAAAAUCUGGUUAUUGA